CACCGCAUCUCAAAUUCCCCAAAAAUCGUAUAACAAAUAAACUAAAAGCCCUUGAAGACGGUUAAUAAUAAAUUGACAAGUAAAAUCCACGGGAAUUCAAAUAAAAAUAAGUGAUGAUUAACGAAUUUUAAUGACUUGACACGCGAUAUGAUUAAAUUUUAUUCCGAGUGCAAAAAAGAGAAUUCUUAACGAGUGCGAAACGUGGAAUUUGAUGACGUGCUGGAAGAAACGAUAUACCUAGAGAAUGUGAGAAGUCGAGAGGUUGGAAUUGAAUCAGUUGUGAAAAGACCUUGCGAGGGAAAUAAAUAGUCCGGAGAUGUCGACGACGAGGGGCAAUCGUCCAUCGUCACCGAGGCGAUUUUUUGCUAGGCUCUAUGGACAUCUGGAGACCAAGGAGGAGGUGCAGAAGGUGGGGAAGGGAAUUGGUGUUGAUGAUAAGAGCCCUGAGGACCUAUCGGUGGAGAGGCGGAGGGAUGAGACACCGGAGAAGAGCGUUGAGGAUGACGAGAAGGAGCGGGAGGAUGUCAACAAUAUUCAGAGGGCUGAUAUCCUCCCUUUUUUACCUCAUGGAUUUUUUCCUGGAAGUGGGGGACAUCCUCUUCAUAUGGCCCACACUGGGCAUCCGCUACCUCUGCCACCUCAUCUACAUGGAAUCACCGGGCAUCCGGGGGUCGAACACUUUCACGGAUUCUCCGCUGCAUUUCUGGCGAGGAGGAGGAGAAAAGAGGGAAAGCCGAGACGACAGCGUACGACAUUCUCUGGAGAGCAAACAGCAAGACUGGAAUUCGAGUAUCACAGGGGUGAAUACAUCUCCAGAGGACGAAGAUUCGAGCUGGCCUCAUCCCUUCGGCUGACAGAGACCCAGAUCAAAAUCUGGUUUCAAAAUCGAAGGGCCAAAGACAAACGAAUCGAGAAGGCCCAGUUGGACCAACAGUACAGAAAUUUCGCAGUAUCGAAUGGUCUUGUGAAUUUCCCAGUGUACAACAGCUCCUUCUGUGGCUUGUGUAUCUACAAAGACAGUGGCAGGGGUCUUGUGGGACCCCACACGUGCAUUCCUUAUCGUGCUGACCCCACGGAGACGAGGAGUGAGGCCCCCCCGAGCAGCAGUGCCAGCAGCAACAGCUCAGAAACCUCUGAAAAUCCCCCCCUCGCUGUAUCCCCAGUAUAAAUCAUCCAAUAACUUCCCAUCUCCCAGCCAAAGACAAUUUUUUAAUCUCAAUUACACAUUUAUUAAAUCGCAUUAGGGAUCAAUGAGUGGAAUAAAAGGUUCCAAGGAAUGAAUAAAUCACAUUUGAUUACUGA